AUGAGUCACACGCUGUUACAGUUAGCUGAACACGCUUCAAAGAUACUCGGAAAAGCUUUAGCAUCUGAAAAAAUAAAAUGGGAGAGUGUGAUAACAGCACCAGAAUUGGCCUCUGUGCAGACAGGCUCUGCUAUAGCACUUUCAACAAUAGGUGACAAAACUUUUAUAUCAGUUGAUGAAACUCUUUGUGACCUCUCUCAUAGAUCGAUGGACUUCAUGACUGCCAUGGAACUGAUGAAGAUGGAUGUAUCGGCCAGAAUAAUGCAAGCGAUCAGAAGUAAAGAAAAUGUUGACGACAGCCUUGGUCGCGUUGUUGGUGGAAUUGAUCAUGUACAAAGAAACAUUGGUGGGAAUCUGAUCAUAGUCGUAGGACCUACAGCUUACGAAACGAUACUGCAACAACUUCUCGGAUGUGAUCGUACAAAAAUGAAAAGGCUGAAGUCUGUACCACCACUCGCUUGUACUAUAUUGGAAAAGGUAUGUGAAUAG